CUUUAUUUUCUCAAACAGCUUGUUUUCCUUUUUUUUUCACUUAUCCUUUCUCUUCAUCUUUGUUUAUUUUCAAUUGAACAAUUUAUUUUUUAUUAUUUUAUUUUAUACCACUUUAUUUAAAACACUUUAUUACAAAACAACAUGAAUCUUUUUUUUGGAAAAGCAAAGUCAAAGACAACUGCCAAGGAUGCCAUUUAUAAAUUACGAGAUACCUUGGAUAUGCUUGAAAAACGACAGACAUAUUUAGAGGCCAAGGUAGAAACUGAAUUGAAAAUUGCAAAAGCCAAUGCUACCAAGAACCGAAGAGCUGCGCUUAUGGCUCUGAAACGAAAAAAGGCCUUUGAAGUCAAUAUUGAAAAGAUUAACGGUGCUCGUAUGACCAUUGAAACACAAAUGAUGGCUAUUGAAAAUGCUAAUGUUAAUUUGGAAACAAUGGGUGCUAUGCGUGCUGGUGCUGAAGCUAUGAAAAAUAUUCAUGGAUCAAUGGAUAUUAACAAGGUGGAUGCAACAAUGGAUGAUAUUCGUGAUCAAAUGGAUGUAGCCAAUGAAAUUUCAGAUGCUAUUUCUCGACCUGUUGGUAUGGGUGAAGAUUUGGAUGAAGAUGAUUUGUUGAAUGAAUUGGAGGAAUUAGAACAAGAAGAAUUGGAUCAAAAAAUGUUGGAAACACCUGCUCCUGCUGUAUAUACUCCCAAUGUACCAACCAAUGUACCAGAACAACGCAAGACAAGAGUGGAAGACGACGAAGAAGAAGAAUUGGAAGCUUUGAAAGCAAGUAUGGCCAUGUAGUAGUUAAAACUAGUUUAUUAUUUCCUUUUUUUUUUUCUUUCUUUUCUAUAUUCUUUGUUAUGAUACAUAAUCAGAUGAUAUAUAUCUCUCUCUGUCUUUCUUUUCAUUUCAUUUCUGAUUAUAUAUAUAUACUCC